AAUAAGAAACGAUCAAAUUCUUGUUUGCAAGUCUGUAUCUGGCUGCAUAGGGAGAAGAAUUGCUGGCAUGAGCUUGCACAUAUACGAAGAAACAAUAAAAAAAGUUAGAGAGAGAAAGAGGAGCGAGAGUGAAGAGGAGCUACACACAACACAAUAAUAGGAGAGACAGCUUCAAAGUACACAAUACAAGGUUGUAAUCACCUGUCUUUUCUUCUCUUCUCGUCAAUCCUAAUUUUUAAUUUUUAAUUUUUUAAUUUUUCCAAAAAAUUAGCACCGUUAUUUUCUCUCUAAAAUCUCCAUGUUCCUCUACUCUUGAACUUUGGAGGAGAUCCACUUCUCUCUCUCACACCAUCUUUCAAUUUUCACACAGAAAAAAACAACACCAUUUUCGUUAAAAUUCUUUCGUUUUCAUGGCUGCUCCACCGGCAAGGGCUCGUGCCGAUUACGAUUACCUCAUUAAGCUUCUCUUGAUCGGCGAUAGCGGUGUUGGAAAGAGUUGUCUUCUUUUGCGGUUUUCUGAUGGGUCUUUCACAACCAGUUUCAUCACGACUAUAGGCAUUGAUUUUAAGAUAAGAACCAUUGAGCUUGAUGCCAAACGGAUCAAGCUCCAAAUCUGGGAUACUGCAGGGCAGGAGCGGUUUCGGACAAUUACAACCGCUUACUAUCGUGGUGCUAUGGGGAUAUUGCUCGUCUAUGAUGUUACAGAUGAAGCAUCGUUUAACAAUAUCAGGAAUUGGAUUCGCAACAUUGAGCAACAUGCUUCAGAUAAUGUUAACAAAAUACUGGUUGGGAACAAAGCAGACAUGGACGAAAGCAAAAGGGCUGUGCCAACGUCCAAAGGCCAAGCACUAGCUGAUGAAUAUGGAAUCAAAUUCUUCGAAACUAGUGCAAAGACAAAUCUAAAUGUGGAGGAAGUUUUCUUUUCCAUAGCAAGAGACAUAAAACAAAGGCUUGCUGACACUGACAACAAGGCAGAGCCGACAACAAUCAAAAUCAACCAAGACUCUGCAGCAGGAGCGGGACAGGCUGCACAAAAAUCAGCUUGUUGUGGUUGAAAACACAUUUUACAAGUUGGUGGUGGGGAACAUUAUUGAAGAAGAAAUUACUUGUAUGAUAAUCAUGAUGCUGACUUGUGGUUAACGAUUUCAUUGUGUCAUUGUUUAUUAAUUAUGUGCUUGAUAAGUAGUUUUGGACUUAUAUAUAUUGAAUCAAAAAACUGAAUGUGAUUGUGGUGAA